AUGGACGACGACUCGAUGAGUGAUGUGCCAAGCUUUCAUAUGUCGGACGAUGAGUCUGAUAACUUUGCUCCCACAGCGAAAGCUAAAGCGAAGACUACUGUGAAAAAACCUGCAGCCCCAAAAGCGAAAGCAAAAACAACCAAGGAGCCAAAAAUCGCCAAAGCUCCGAAAACCACCAAGGCUACGAAAACCACAAAGAACAUACAAACCACCCUUAACAUGGCUCCCCAGAAGCGGGCGAGGUCAGGGAGCGACGAUGAGGACCAGCAAUCUGAUAAUGACUCAUCAAAUGAUGCGUCGCAGUUGUCCAAUACCCCGCCAAAUGCGAAGAAGCAGAAGAAAGCUCCAGCCGCCGAAAGACAGGCUACUGAAGCUCUGCACGAUGUCGAGAACGAAAGUAUACUGGAAAUAGAGCCUAAACCCAAGAAGACGAAGACCUCAACGGAACAGUACCAGAAACUCACUCAACUUGAGCACAUCAUCAAGCGUCCAGAUACAUAUAUUGGCUCCGUUGAGAAGACGGAGCAGACUAUGUGGGUAUUCAAUUCCGAGAAUAAGGAGAUGGAACUGCGAAAGGUUACAUUUGUGCCCGGUCUCUACAAGAUCUUUGACGAGAUUAUGGUCAAUGCCGCAGAUAACAAACAAAAUGACCCUAAUAUGAAGAACAUAAAAGUUGUCGUGGAUCGUGAGAAGGGUGAAAUUAGUGUUGAGAACGAUGGUAGAGGUAUUCCCGUUGAAAUCCACGAAAAAGAGAAGAUUUACAUCCCGGAGAUGAUCUUUGGACAUCUCCUUACUGGUUCCAACUACGAUGAUGACGAAGCCAAAACGACUGGUGGUCGUAAUGGUUACGGAGCAAAACUUUGUAACAUUUUCAGUACCGAGUUCACAUUGGAAACACAAGAUUCCAAUAGCGGCAAGAGGUACAAGCAAACUUGGACUGACAAUAUGAGCAAGAUGGGCAAGGCGAGAAUCUCAUCUAGCAAGAAUGCCGACUUCACCAGAGUUACCUUUACUCCCGAUUGGACAAAAUUUAAGAUGACGGGAAUUGACGACGAUUUUGAAGCUAUGGUGAAGCGCCGAGUGUACGACAUGGCUGGAACUGUCAAAGGCGUCAAGGUUUACCUCAAUGGAACACAAAUCAAGCUUGAUUUCAAAAAGUACAUCGAAAUGUAUGCAAAAGCGAUCAAUAAGGAACGCGGUUCUGAUGAUUCCAGCGCAAACACUGUUAUAGUCGAGGAUUCCAAAGGCCAUCCAAAAUGGGAAGUCGGAUUCGCUGUUUCCGAUGGUUCUUUCCAACAAGUCUCAUUUGUCAAUUCAAUUGCUACAACUUCUGGUGGAACUCAUGUCAAUUAUAUCGCCGACCAGAUUUGCGACAAAUUGUUAAAGGUCGUUACGAAGAGGAAUGCUAAAGGUGCACUCUUGAAGGCCAAUCAAGUUCGCAAUCAUAUCUUCUUGUUUGUCAAUUGUCUGAUUACAAACCCUGCCUUUACAUCCCAAACAAAAGAGCAAUUGACUACGAGAAAAGCACAAUUCGGGUCCAAAUGCGUCUUAACAGAGGAUUUUCUGAAGAAGAUCGGCAAGACCGAAGCUGUAGAAAAUAUUCUCAAUUUUGCAGCAAAGAAAGCUGAUCUGGAGUUGGCAAAGAGUGAUGGAAGCAGACGUUCACGCAUGAAUAACCCCAAACUUGUGGAUGCAAAUUUGGCGGGAACAAAACGUGGUCAUGAAUGUACUUUAAUCCUCACCGAAGGUGACUCUGCAAAAGGUCUUGCAGUUGCUGGUCGAGCGGUUCUCGAUCCAGAUCGUAUUGGCGUUUUCCCUCUUCGUGGAAAGCUGCUCAAUGUGCGUGAUGCCUCACACGACCAAAUUGCAAAGAACGCUGAGAUUCAGAACAUUAAACAAUUCUUGGGGUUGAAGCACAAAACCAGUUACAAGGACACUUUAGGGCUUCGAUAUGGUCAUCUAAUGAUUAUGGCAGAUCAAGAUCACGACGGUAGUCAUAUCAAAGGAUUGUUGAUAAACUUUUUGCAAGUACAAUAUCCCAGUUUACUGAAGUUGCCAGAGUUCUUUCGAGAGUUUAUCACUCCGAUUGUUAAAGUAUGGAAAGGACCAAACCCUAAUAAGCCUACCAACUUACGAUCCUUUUUCACCAUGCCCGAAUAUGAAGAAUGGAAGGAGUCUAACAACAAUGACAAAUCAUGGAAACAUAAGUACUACAAGGGUCUGGGUACGAGCAAACCUGAAGAUGCGCAAAUCUAUUUCAGUAAUCUCGAUGUCCAUCUGAGAGAAUUCGAAACAAUUAAACCAGAAGAAGAAGAAAUGUUGGAUCUUGCUUUCUCAAAAAAGAAAGCAGAUUCUCGUAAGACAUGGUUAGGAAACUUUGUACCUGGUACCUACCUGGACCACACUGAUAAAAUGCUCACCUAUGACAAUUUCAUCAAUAAGGAGUUGAUCCUAUUCAGUAUGGCAGACAAUAUGCGUUCCAUUCCUUCCGUCAUUGAUGGUCUCAAGCCUGGACAACGGAAGGUCAUGUAUGCUUGCUUCAAGCGGAACCUCAUAAACGAUAUGAAGGUUGUGGAACUCGCUGGUUAUGUCAGUCAAAUUUCCGCCUAUCAUCAUGGUGAAGCUUCAAUGCAAAUGACCAUUGUUGGCCUUGCUCAGAACUUUGUUGGUUCCAAUAACGUCAAUUGUCUUGAGCCCAGUGGAAAUUUCGGUAGUAGACUUCAAGGUGGCAGUGAUUCUGCUAGCGCCCGUUACAUUUUCACAAGACUAUCGCCAUUUGCGAGAAGAGUCUACUCCGCUCUUGAUGACCCAGUUCUUGAAUAUAAUAUCGAUGAUGGUAAAUCGAUUGAGCCUGUUACCUACUUCCCUGUCGUUCCCAUGGUUCUUAUCAACGGCGCAGAGGGUAUUGGUACUGGUUGGAGCACAAAUAUUCCAAACUACCAUCCCGUGGAAGUUGUGAACAACUUGAAGCGUCGCAUGGGUCGUCUAGAUGACAGUGGUGAAGAGAAACCAUUUGAAACAAUGAUGCCGUGGUUCCGUGGAUGGAAGGGUACCGCUGAGCCUGCUGGUCCAGAUCGUUACAAGUUCAAUGGUAUUAUUCGAGAAACUGGUGAUACCGAGGUUGAGAUUACAGAGUUGCCCAUUCGAAUGUGGACCGACGACUUCAAAGCUAAACUUGAAGAGAUUAUCAAGACCGAAAAGGUCCCAUCGUUCAUCAAAGAUUACAAGGAAUUCAACGAUCACAAAAACGUGCACAUGAUCAUUCAGAUGGAUGACAAACAUAUGAAGGAAGCUUUAAAAGAAGGUCUCGCCGAAAAGUUCAAGCUGAAUAAGACUGUCGCAACAUCCAAUCUGGUGGCCUUUGACCAUAGGGGCCAGAUUCGCAAAUAUGAAAAAGUUGAGGAUAUCCUCGAGGAGUUCUACGAGCAGCGCUUAAAGAUGUACACUGUUCGUAAAGCACAUUGGAUGAAGAAACUCAAUGUGGAGUAUCGCAAGCUCACCAAUCAAGCUCGAUUCGUUACUGAAAUCAUUGAGAAUAAGUUAAUUGUCUCGAAGAAGAAGAAGCCAGUCCUUGUUGCAGAGCUCCGAAAGCGCGGCUACGAGGGAUUCCCGAAGGUUACCGAUGCGAAGAAAGCUGGCGAGACUGACGAUGUGGUUGAAAAUGAAGAAGAGGUCGCCGCUGAUGAAGACGCUGGAGCUAGAGAUUAUGAUUAUCUUCUUGGCCUACCAAUUUGGUCUCUCACCCAAGAACGCGUCGACAAAUUAAACAAACAGAUGUAUGAUAAGAAAGACGAGAUCGACACACUCGACAAGCUCAGCGAAAAAGAUCUGUGGUGUGAAGAUCUUGAUGCAUUUGUCCUGGAGUGGGAAGACCAACUCAAGCAAGAUGCGGAGAUCACUAAGACUAUUCGCAAUACAAACCGACGUCGUUCAAACAAGAUUGGAGCAGGUGGAAAGCCUAUUGGAAAAGGUCGGGUAAAGAAGGAAGAUGAAGAAUUUACUGUUGGUGCAAAGAAAAAGGCUCCAGCCAAGCCGUUGAAGGCAGAUCCAGUAAAGGGAAUUACAAAGGUGCAGAGCAAACCUCAUCAAGGAUUCACGGAUAUGUUCUCCAACAAACCCAAACCAAAAUCUGUUGGUCGCUUUGAUGGCGGUGACGACUCGGGGAUGUCUGAUGAUGAUUUCGCAGCAUUGGCGGCUCCCGAAGCUGAUGGACCCAAGCUUGAUGCUGGUACUGGACGAAGCAAGCGUGCAGCCGCAAGCGCACCAAAGAAAUGGAUAGUGGAUGACGACGACGAAAAUGAGAGCGAUGACGAUAACCUUCUCGGCGAUAUUGACAACAUGGUCAAGGGUAUUGGUGGCAACGAUAAACAAGAUGCUGUGACGGGAAAUUCAAGACUCUCUUUGUUUGCAAUGUCAACAAGCAAUGGCGACAGACCUAGCAGUAGCACGGGUUUACCUAAGCAAAAAUCUAAACCCAGCAAGGUGGUCGAUCUUUCCGAAGACGAAACUAACUACGAAAUGCUUGCUAGAAGUUCCCCUCAAAAGCCUCCAGGCAAAGACGAAGUUGAUGGUUUCUUGUCUUCUGAUGAUGACGUUAUCCCGGUCGCCUCCAAGAAGGCUCCUGUUCAGAAAGCAAAGGCAACGAAAGAAACAUCGAAGGUUAAGAAAGCCCCAGUUGCCAAAAAACCAAUUGCAGAGGUUGAGUCAAAGCCUGCUUCUCAUUCACCAGCUGCGAAGGCAUAUGCAGCGAAACAAAAUCGCCUCCAGCAAAUUUCUAAAACAAUCGGUUACAACGAGGAUAAUAGCGAGGAUGAGGAUAUGGAAGAAGCCCCACCACUGCCAGCAAAAUCUGCUGCCAAAGGUAGACAGGUCAGCUCUAAGGCGACUGCGACUAAAUAUGCCCUCAGUGAUGAUUCAGACGAAGACGUUGAAAUGGAAGAUGCUGCACCACCCAGAAAGGGUACCAACGGUAAGGCUGCUUCCAAGCCAACUUAUAUCAGCGAUGAUGAGGAUGAAUCCAUUGCCCCUCCCCCUAAACGAGGGGCCAAACCAAAAGUUUUACCCAAAAAGUCCGCCCUUAGCGACGACGAGGACGACUCCAUUGCCCCUCCCACGAAGCGAGGCACUACGUCUAAAGCUGUUUCCAAGAAGUCUGUCGUUAGUGAUGACGAUGAUGAAGAUGAGUCAAUCGCUCCUCCUCCCAAGCGUUCCACAAGCUCGAAGCCUGCACCUAAGAAGCAAGUGAAGCCAGUCGUUAAAGAUGACGAGGAAGACGAGCCGGACUCUCCACCCAAGCCAGUUGCACGCGGAGGCCGUGGUCGUCCAGCAAGACAAGCCGCUGUUGCCAAGACCAAGAAACCAGUUUAUACCAUCGACUCGGAGGAUUCGAAUGAUGAUGACGUUGAUGAUGUUGAUGAAUCCGCAUUGGUAGAAGAUGAUGAAAGCGAGGAUGACUUCAGCGAGUAA